UUCCACUGUGAGAAGAAACAACACAAGUCUAAAAGUAUGUGUAGCUGUCAAGAAAAAGGAAACAGACAAUAAUAAAACUUGUUGUUCUCAGAAUAAUUGACUGACCACCAGAGAGCCCAUCACUCAAUGUCUUUGGCAUAAUUUGAAUCAUGAGAAGCAGAAAAUGCAACCAACUUCUUAGACUGAACUUUGGGGGUAUGGAAAAAUAUCCCUGUAGAUUUCUCUGAAAAACUGAAAGCAAGACUCACAAAAAGAAUGGAAGCUGUGAUAAAGACAAAGGGCUCAGUAAAUACUAAAAAUGAUAAUAUAUCUAGUUGUUCCUGUAUCUUUUUUAUUGAAUAUGUUUUCUGAUGCUGAAAAAGGAAUAACUUGUUCUUGAUGGCUGUUUUGACUGGAAAAUCAAUUGUGUUCUCUGACUUGUAUGCUAGACUGAAUAGUGGAGGAAAUCCAUUUUUUCAUUUGAGCAGAGUGCGACGUAGCCCUCCUUAGUCCAGUUAUCCCAGAAUUUCUACAAAGCUUCCUGGAAUAACCGUCACUUCCUCAAAGUCUUAAAGAGGCUGGGUGGGACCAAGUCACUGUACAACCACAACUGGAAUACCAUUAGUUUCAGAAGAACUUUAUUUAAGCUCCCAAUGCUCAGACACUGUCCCUUCUCUGUUAAUGUGAAUGAGAACCACAAACACAUGGAGCAAUAAACUGUACAUACUGAAAUACGCAGUGUGCUUCUACCACAGUGACAGUAUUAAAUGAUGAGGAUGACAGCCUUUAACUGCAGUUUGGUUUUUUUCUUCUUUACUCAACAACCUGCAAUGCCAAACUACCAACAUAGUUUUGUGCUCUAACUGUAGAUUUCCACACUGAAGCUUUAUAGCUUAACAGCAGAUCUUUAUCAGGAUUUUAUUGUCCAGUAGCAUGCUGCUCUGACCUGACAGUCUCUGUAGGCGUAGAUGUUAUGAUGAUAUGACUGAGGACGUCACCAGCACCUGGGCGAAGUGAGUAUCCACAGUCAAUCAUUGACAGAAACGCAGUUGUGCCUUUAUUUACUCUCAGUCUCUUAGAGGAGGAAGUGAGGUUUUGUGGAGCUUUCAGCAGCAACGUAAAGGAUUCUCAUCACAAGAACUGUUUUCAGAUUGUGGGACGCUGGUGGUUUGUUUGCGAGGUUUCUUGGAGACAGGGAGGAGAAAAACGACGUCCUGAAAGAUCACACUCAGGAAAUAGGAGGAUCCCCCUGACCUGAGAACCGGACGUGUGUCCCAGGGGCAGAAUGAAAGUUGGAGAGUGAGAGCUGGAGGCCCUGCAUCAUGCCAUACCUGGUCCACACCGCCCAUGCCCAGUUUGUGGGGUUAUGGGUGGGCGCGAUUGGCUGGAUCCUCACCAUGGUGGCCAUUGGGCUGGUUCAGUGGAGAAUAUGGGUUGUGUCUGAUCUCACCUUCAUCAACUCUGGCCAGGCCUGGGUGGGCAUCUGGAGGACAUGCUUCUACACCCACGUCCUGGUCACGUCCGAGUACGAGGUCAUGUACUGCCAAAAGAUCCACCUUUCGGACACUUUCACACCGAGCGAGAUUGCAGCAGCUCAGCCGAUGAUGCUGCUGGCCCUCAUUCUGGGGCUUUUUGGUAAUUCCACCGUCAUUUAUGGCCUGAGGAACAUCUACUUUGGCCUGGAUAAGCAGAAACCUAUCACGUUGGCCUUUUCGAUUGGCGGGGGACUUUUAAUUCUUGCUGGGGUGAGCUCUUUUAUACCUCUCUUCUGGAAUUUAAACUCUGUGGCGACCAACCAGACCAUAGACUUCCCCACCAACUUCUACAUGCCCCCAGCUCCUGUUGAUCAGUAUGUUGGGCCAGGUAUCGCCAUCGGCAUUUUCGCGUCCAUCCUGGUGGUGGUAAGUGGGAUGGUGUUUCUGUCCUACAAGUUUCCAGAAGGUCUGAGAACCAAAGCUGAACCUUCUUGCCUUGAGGAAGGCCACUCAGAACUGGGAGAAAAUGGGAUGACACUGUCCCUGAGAUCCACACCGACGGGAAACCAAGAAACAAAGAGCUGCUAUGGAGUGGACAACCUAGCCUUUCAGUCAUAGCAAAACACCUGAACAUGAUUCCUUCAAGUGCUUACUUCCAAAUGCCUCAGCUAGGGGUGCAAAUAUCUGACCUGAUAAUGUUUUAAUUACAUUAGGAUUUGAUUGUUUAGGAAACGACCCAAUACAUCAUUAAAUCUCAGAUUUCAAUUAGUUUGAUAAUAUUCACAAAAAUCUUUCUAAAUACACUAUAUACAGAUGUGACUGAUGGGGAAUUAUUUACACAAUAGCGAAAUAUAGAUAAUAAAACUAUUACAGCGAGGUUUUUCUGUUUGAAAAUAACCCGAAUGGCCAUAAAAGGAAUUACAUAUUUCUUUGAAUACAAUUAUAAUAAAUUCUGAUCUCAUUUAUUCAUCAUAUUCAAAGCCAUGCAUCAAAGUAUUUUUACAGGCCUUGCAUUUUCUCACUGUACCACUUUAAAAGCACUUAUAAAUGUCUGAUAAUAUGAAUUCCUGUCAAUAUGCCGUUGUUGUAUUAGUGGGAAAUUGCGCUGGAUUGUUUACAAGAAGGUUGGAGUGUGAGUAUGAGUAUGGUUAGUGUCAUCUUUGGAGUGAGAACAGUAGUUGGGAAGUUUUCCGCACACAGCUGAGUUUUUAAUGAUUUGACAAUUAACACUCUUCCGUUAAAGGGGCACUCUGGUGAAAUGAAAAACGUACCCAUCCCUGCAUAUGUCGUACACAUGCCUUCUUGCAACCUACACCAGUGCCGUUGGAAUCUCUAAAGUAAGAUUUUCCAAUUUAAGGACUAGGAAAACUCCCUUUAGGUGUUGUGUCAGAGGUAGAAGGAAGCGGCAACUGCUUUGGUGUAGAUUUUUGGGACUGGGCUGUUUUUUUUCUCUCUAGCUGGCAAUUACAAAAAGAUGGCAGAUAGCUAACAUUACUGCUAGCAAGCUGAAUAUCUUAUUACAAUUGUAUAACUGUGGUAGCAGUUUUCAAAUCACCAUUACAAUGAACAGAAUAGACUACUUAAACGACAGAAAUUGCUUGCCAGAUGAAGAGGACAACAAGCUAAAAGCUGAAGUUAGCAAUGUAGCUACCUGGCUAUCUAGAUGCUUUAUCUUAGUUUGGCUUCUUUUCUCUGGCGGAAAGGGUUAAAACGCUGCUGUACAUUUUGAAAAAUAAAGAUAACAGAAUAGAAAAGGUGAGAAUUACACUAAACCUUGCUUGGUUGUAUUUAUUAGCCUGUAGAUCAGUGGCUAGGCUUAGUAGGCUACCAGGAUUGGAUGGCACCACAGGGAUUCCCAGUGAUGCAUGCUGGAUAUUGUAGUGAGAGAGAACAUCGAUGAACGAUAUAACAUGGUGAAUUCUGUCAAAGUGACAUGGCUGAGGUUUACAGAACUCUGCAUAACAUGACAAAUAACAUAUUAAACUCUAGUUUUGGGCUGGAGUGCCCCUUUAAUCACAGCUAUGUAACCAUCUCAGGGAGCCCUACAUAUAGUCAUACGCUCAGCUUUAAGACAAGUUUACUUUGGCCCUUAGUAAGUUUGUUGUCUUUCAUGAAAACGUAAUGACAGAGCUAUGCACUAGAAUGUAUUUUUGCAAGUGUUCAAUGUGUUUUUGAGAUGUAUAUAUUUUUGUGUCAUGCAGGUUUAUAAAUGUGUACAGAUUUAUAUCUUAUUUAAAAAUUUGUCUCGAUAGCAGUGCUAUGUGAUAUUUUAAAUGACUGAUGUAAGUGAAACAAAAUGUGCAUGAAGUGAAUGAAAGUG